GGUAAGGCUCCUACAACCCUGACUUCACGUUCUGCGAGGAAUCAAUGCUUUGACUCUGUCCGCCGUCGACUCGCGUCUUUAUUAUUUUAAUUGUCUGUCCAACUCUUUCAAACACUCACUCAGUCACUCCUUCGAUUAGAAUGUUCUGUACCCGCAGGCCGCCAACUCUAUCCAUAAAUGAGUUAAAUCAUAUUCUCAGCGAGUCUCUUGACAUAGAAAGACUUGAAAACGUUAACGUUUCCGACACUCUCCUUCACGAUCCACUCCCUUCGACCCCGGAAAAACAAAAAACCUCAACGUUCCACCGCUUGUUCUCCCGUUCAGCAUCACAUCUACCUCUCGUUCCACGUUCGCCCAUACUAAAACACCUAGACGAGCCUGUCACACCGAGCCCCCGCAAAAUGGCAUUUACCUGGCGUUUAUCACGCUUAUCGCCCCAUAGGUCUCGCAGAGAUGAGGAUCAUACAGUGGAAGACAUCCCAAGUGUCCCAUUAAAUCGUUCUCGCUCGUCAUCUGGAUGCAGUAUCACUUCUGCCGUUUUAUCUCCUUCGAGAGCACUGACUAGCAUGUCUUCGACAUCUAGUCUUGGUUCAGUGAUACCUACGUCUGAGCGUUUCUCCAAGCGUCUCGCAGAAUGCAUGGAGACGGUCAGUACAAGGAGAUCCCCCUCACCAACACAUUCUCGGCUUUCUCCGAUACACUUUCCACCCACACCGCGUUCACCCCUGCAGCUCCUGUUUGGUAAUAAAUCAACACCGAGUAAUACAUGCAAAGGAGCAACGAUAAGUACGGAUGCCACGGAAAUGGGGUCGAGUACCCCAGUAACCGAAUGCAAUGUCAUUGAAUCUAUCGAUGAUAAUGUCACACCUCGAGCGACUGGAUUCACCAUUUCAUCACAUAGAAGUAGUGAUAGUACUGUCCAGGCCAAAACAAGACGACGGCCCUCAGCAUUGACACUGGUUCUUCCUCAAGAGAUUGCACCCCUCUGCCUUCAACCAGCGGUCGGAGCAUCACCCCAUGUACCCUCUGAUACUGAAGGUUCCAUCUCUGCGUGCUCCCUCCCAUCUCCUACUUCAUCCAUACCUACAUCAUCCCAGCUUUCAUCCUACGUUCCUUCGGCCUCAUCUAGCGCACCUAGAUCGUCUACCUCAACGACUUCGUCUUUUCCCUGGUCUCGUGCACGGGCUGGCUCCCGUUCCAUGCUGACACCGCCAUUGCCGGGACCUCCACCUAGUAGCCCUCUUCCUCCACUACCCGCUUUAACGGCACGAAAUUCGGAUGUUAUCACGCCCCCCAACGCCCCAGUUCCUCUUCCAACGACCAACUCGACUUCCUCAAAACGUGCUCGUACUCCUGUGCGUACUGACUCGCCUUCGGGCACAGUUGUGAUCCCUCCUUCUCCUGGAAGCCUGCGACUUCCUUCUCGUUUAAGCUGGGGUGCUACAGGACGCAUCGUGGUUCCUCUUCCCUCGAGUCUACCAAGUCCGCCUUCCUCCCCUUCGAAAGUAGGGGGAAAGAGAGAACUUUCUCCGUGUUCCCCCACCAAUAAUAGCAUGUCCAAUGCCACUUCCCCUAUCCUGGACAAGCGUGCGAGUGUUGGGAUAUUAGAGGCUGCUGAUGAUUUGGAAGCUCAAGUACGACUCAUGAAGAGCAUACUGGUACCAAGCACUCGACGUUCAAAAGGGACACUCAGCUGUUCCAAUUCACCUCAAAAACGCGUGCAGAUUGCUGAGGCAAACUCUGAACCUGCAAGCCCAUCAAAGAAAACAAGGAGGAAGUCGAGUGCUGUCUCCACAGUACCGUUUCUAACAGUUCCGCGGGAGCGGAGAAGAUCUGCUCCCUUACUGCGAAGUGGAGCCAUACCGAAGGCUACACUUAUCCCUCCUGCAUGCGCAGACUGGACAUUGUCGCUGCCUUUCUGCAUCGAUGUACCAGGGAGUGGCAUAUGUGUGCCAACGCCUCCUUCAGAGGACGGUGCCCUUCAUGAAGCCGAUAAAGCUCUACAAGUAGCACAAUGGGAUGACUGGACCCUAUCCCUCGGUGCAGAUCGCCAGAAACUCGCAAAGGUUUUGGAAUGUGUGGUGAACCAGAGUUUGGAGGUUAAGGACGGCGCAGAAAAACCAUGUGCUGUUACUGCACAGCUUCCUACGCCGAGUACCACACCUGAGCCUGGGGAUAACCUUCCAGCAGCAUCUCUACCCUCCCUCUUUACGCCUUUUGCUCGGUCGGAUUCUCCCGUGAGCCUCGGUCCUCACGGUGGUGGCCUUGAUCUUGAUGGAGGGUGUGGGAAGCGAGGUUCUGGUUGGGAUGUUUGCGGGUGGUUUGGACUCAGCAGCAGCAUGUACGAACCUCAAACUGAGACCACAAGACCUGUCUCUUCGCUUCACUCGGAAGCUUCGUGGAUGCGCCAGAGCUGCGAUACUGAUGCUUCCCGGGGGGGUGAUAUUGAUCACGAUUUCACCCGAAGGAGCCACAAGGAGUCCCCGAGCGAGGAUAGCACCACGACAACGGACACCCUGUUCUACAGUGCUCGCACCAGCAUGCUUGUCAGAUGAUGGUUUUAUGGGACGUUCCAAUUGUUGUCUCGUUGACUUUGUGGAUCUCUCCCAAAAGUACGUCUCCACCAUUAAUUUCUCCACCAAGUUCGCACACCAUGAACGCCCCAAUGGGAUCCCGGCCUUAAGGUUCCCAACUACAUCUUUGUAUCUCAUAAAUAUGCAUAUCCGGGUCUUGGUGAUAUAUCUCAGGAUGCUGUUGUAUCUACUGUACAAUACUUGCGAAAGCUGUGCUGUCGAAUGAUUUGGAAGACGUACUUAGCCUAUCUUAUAUCUCAUAUCUUCUAGAUACUUAUUUAAAUACGUAGUAUGACCCUUAAAUAUGAAACCGCAGGGCGUUGUUUUCCACUCA